AUGCGACAAGGGAUAUGGGAGAGACGACCACUUGCAAAAGCCACUUGGACACCACAGUUCUAUCCGUCCCUUCAAAUACCAUCAGGGUGGAAAGUCUUACCAACGCAGAGACGUCCUGACUCGUCAUUACCAGAAUGGACUCCACCAAAACCAAAAUGCGACUCCAGCGAGAAAGUCCAACAGAAGGUCAUGCGACCGAUGCGUAAAACAGAAGAAGGCGUGCAAUAA